CCUUGUCACGGUUACUGCGCAGGUUCUCGUGAGCGCGCGGUCAUUUCUCGAGCGCAGGCACACAGGCGCGCUCCCGACACCCUGCGCGCUCCCGAGAGUGAGGAGAGAAGCGCUUCAGCUCCCGUCAGACUGCGCGCGCCCUCGAACCUGUUGCCUUCUGCAGGUGUUUGUUUAUCCAUCGUGAUGAAGAUGAUGAUGAUGAUGAUGAAGCUGUGGACCUGAGGGACGGACCGGAUACACGAGGUACCGAACCACAUUCUUCUCCUUCACAACAUGUUUAAUUCGGAUUCAGAUCCAGAUGUUUUGGGCGAAUUGAAGCAGAAUUACGGACUGGAUGUUUGUUUGUUUGUAUGAAAGCAUCCGCCCCUGUGCGCACCUGAGUGACGGUGGAUGUGUCCCUGAGAGGAGAAGGACGGGAAUAAAGCCGGUGUAAAGAGGAAUAAAUGAGCGGAUAUCCUGUCGGCUGGUUGCUUUGAUGUUUCAGAGAAAACUAAUCCCAAGAACGGAAAAGACUCCAAGCAAAGGAGUUUGAAAAGCAAAAAGAAAACACAGCACGGGUCGGGUUCUUUUCCAUUUUAGUAAAAAUCUCAAACCAAGAAGUUAAAGACCUGGUUCUUCUUUCACUAGCCAUCAUGUGAACAUCUCAUCUCAUCUCUUCUCCUUGUUCAGGUAUAUCAGCACAGCUGGACUCCACGGAUGUGGUUUUGAAUGGAUUCAUUUCUAACUCUGAUUCUCAGAGUCUGGAUUAAUCCUGAUCAUCCUGAUGGACUUUCACCGCUCCUAAACAUGACUCACUUUUGAUUUCCAUCCAUUUCCUCAGUGGGUUUUUUUUCCUGCUCGCACUUCCCACGUUGAGCGGGUCUACAUGGCCAAUGAGCACUCGGGGCCCGCAUGCUUCCAGCUAAAGAUGGUGACGUUCGGCUCGUGCCCCCCCAAAACUCCAUGAUGGUGAACCCGAGGAAGAUGGACCUGAUCAUCCCGUAUGUUGCCAAUGUGCAGUGUGACAGUAAUGGCCAGCGCAUGUGGUGGGCCUUCCUCGCCUCGUCUAUGGUUACGUUCUUCGGCGGCCUCUUCAUCAUCCUGCUGUGGAGGACGGUCCGGUACCUGUGGACCGUCUGCUGUCACUGCAACACCAAAAAAAAGGAUGUUCAGCGGAUCAGCAGUGUGGAGAAGAAGGACAGUACGGUGGUCAGUGAGGUGGGCUGGAUGACCUCGGUGAAGGACUGGGCCGGGGUCAUGAUCUCUGCACAGACACUCACCGGACGCGUGCUGGUGGUGCUGGUGUUCGUCCUCAGUAUCGGAGCGCUCGUCAUUUACUUCAUCGACUCCUCCAAUCCCAUCGAGUCAUGUCAACACUUUGACAAAGACAUUGCACUACAGGUGGACAUGGCCUUCAACAUCUUCUUCCUGCUCUACUUCGGCCUGCGAUUCAUCGCGGCGAACGAUAAGCUGUGGUUCUGGUUGGAGGUGAACUCGGUGGUGGAUUUCUUCACCGUGCCGCCGGUGUUUGUGUCUGUGUAUCUGAACAGGAGCUGGCUGGGUUUGAGGUUUUUAAGAGCCUUACGGUUGAUACAGUUCUCUGAAAUAUUACAGUUUUUAAAUAUCCUGAAAACCAGCAAUUCUAUAAAGUUGGUGAACUUGUGCUCGAUCUUUAUUAGCACAUGGCUAACCGCUGCAGGUUUCAUCCACCUGGUGGAAAACUCGGGCGAUCCAUGGGAAAACUUCCAGAAUUUCCAGCCGCUGUCUUACUGGGAGUGCGUGUAUUUGCUCAUGGUGACGAUGUCCACUGUGGGUUACGGAGACGUGUGUGCUAAAACUACACUCGGACGCCUCUUCAUGGUCUUCUUCAUCCUCGGUGGACUGGCCAUGUUCGCUCGCUACGUGCCAGAAAUCGCUGCUCUCAUCCUUAAUCGACAGAAAUACGGCGGGACGUAUAACUCGACCCGAGGCCGAAAGCAUAUUGUUGUGUGCGGUCACAUCACUCUGGAAAGUGUCUCCAACUUCCUCAAAGACUUCCUUCACAAGGACAGGGAUGAUGUCAAUGUAGAAAUUGUUUUUCUCCAUAAUAUUUCCCCUAAUCUUGAGUUGGAAGCCUUGUUCAAGCGCCACUUCACUCAGGUAGAGUUCUACCAGGGCUCCGUCCUAAAUCCGCACGAUCUGGCCCGAGUCAAGGUUGAAUCAGCAGAUGCGUGUUUAAUUUUAGCCAAUAAAUACUGCGCAGACCCCGACGCUGAGGACGCGUCCAACAUCAUGAGAGUGAUAUCUAUUAAAAACUACCAUCCAAAGAUCCGGAUCAUCACACAGAUGCUGCAGUAUCACAAUAAGGCUCAUCUGUUGAACAUCCCGAGCUGGAACUGGAAGGAAGGUGAUGAUGCGAUUUGUCUGGCAGAACUGAAGCUGGGCUUCAUCGCUCAGAGCUGCUUAGCGCAGGGGCUCUCCACCAUGCUGGCUAAUCUCUUCUCCAUGAGGUCGUACAUUAAGAUUGAAGAGGACACGUGGCAGAAGUAUUACCUGGAAGGAGUAGCUAAUGAAAUGUACACUGAGUAUCUGUCCAGUGCCUUUGUGGGUUUAUCGUUCCCCAUGGUGUGUGAGUUGUGUUAUGUGAAGCUGAAGCUGCUCCUGAUCGCCAUCGAGUAUAAAUCUGAUCAGAGAGAGAGCAGUACGGUUAUUAACCCAGGUAAUCAUAUGAAGAUGCAGGAAGGAACUUUGGGGUUCUUUAUUGCCAGCGAUGCCAAAGAAGUAAAGAGAGCUCUUUACUACUGCAAAGCUUGUCAUGAUGACAUCACAGACCCAAAAACGAUAAAGAAGUGCGGAUGCAAACGAUCCAAGAUGGCGGUCAGCCGCCGAAUGCAACUGGCAUGUUGUUUAGGUUGCGGUGAGGCUGAGCACGGCUGCUCGUGCACAUCUCGUAGCACUCGUAGUCACAUGGAGUCUCCGGCAUGUGCCUUGCCUCUUUCUCCCACCUCUGUUAAUGAUAAGUCGGCCACUUUACGCUCCUCUAAAAGUAACUAUAAUGGAUAUAUCAAAUCAACGAUGGACGCCCCGGCAGUGCAGCAGUCUGCCCUGUCACCUAAGAAAAAACAGCGCAAUGGAGGAAUGAGAACUUCACCCAGCUGCUCUCCAAAAACGAUACGACACGACCCUGUACUGAUCCCUAGUCAUGAUCAGAUGGAGACGAUGGAUGAUAAUGUGAAGAGGUACGAUUCCACCGGAAUGUUCCACUGGUGUCCAUCCAGAGACAUUGAGAAGGUCAUCCUGACCCGUAGUGAGGCAGCCAUGACGGUUCUAAGUGGCCAUGUGGUAGUGUGUAUUUUUGGCGAUGUGAAGUCGGCCUUGGUGGGUCUGCGGAACCUGGUGAUGCCUCUGAGAGCGAGUAACUUCCACUACCAUGAGCUGAAACACAUCGUGUUUGUGGGGUCACUGGAGUACUUGAAGAGGGAGUGGGAGACGUUACACAACUUCCCCAAAGUCUCCAUUUUACCUGGUACUCCUCUGAGCAGAGCGGAUCUGAGAGCUGUCAACAUUAACCUGUGUGACAUGUGUGUGAUCCUGUCAGCCAAUCAGAACAACAUCGAUGAUGUGUCUCUGCAGGAUAAAGAGUGUAUCCUCGCCUCACUCAACAUCAAAUCCAUGCAGUUUGAUGACAGUAUCGGCCUUUUACAGGCCAACUCGCAGGGUUUCACUCCCCCUGGGAUGGAUCGCUCGUCUCCUGAAAACAGUCCUGUUCAUGCUUUGGAUCGACAAACUUCCAUCAGCACAGGAGCGAACAUCCCCAUCAUCACCGAGCUCGCGAAGUCAGACAGGCUGCUGAAUGCAGUGUGUGUGAGACAGGACAAGAGCUGCGGAACCAACAUUCCAAUGAUUACUGAACUGGUAAAUGAUUCUAACGUUCAGUUCCUGGAUCAGGAUGAUGAUGAUGACCCGGACACUGAGCUCUACCUCACACAGCCUUUUGCCUGUGGAACCGCCUUCGCUGUCAGCGUGCUUGAUUCCCUAAUGAGUGCUACGUACUUUAAUGACAAUAUCCUAACGUUAAUAAGGACGUUAGUGACGGGCGGGGCCACUCCCGAGCUCGAGGGUUUGUUAGCGGAGGAGAACGCACUGCGCGGUGGCUACAGCGACACACACACGCUGGCCAACAGGGACCGGUGUCGAGUGGCACAGCUCGCCCUGUACGACGGGCCGUUCGCCCAGCUCGGGGAAGGUGGGUGUUAUGGCGAUUUAUUCUGUAAAGCGUUAAAGACCUACAACAUGCUGUGUUUCGGGAUUUACCGCUUACGAGACGCUCACCUGAGCAUGCCGAGUCAGUGCACCAAACGCUACGUGAUCACCAAUCCUCCGUACGAGUUCGAGCUGGUCCCCACAGACCUGAUCUUCUGUUUAAUGCAGUUUGAUCACAACGCGGCUCAGUGCCGCUCCACGCUCUCACACUCCUCACACUCCUCACACUCGUCCAGUAAAAAAAGCUCAUCUGUUCACUCCAUCAGCACCAAACACACCAAGAGCCGAGAGCCACGAGACAAGCCCAAGUACGUUCCCCUUUAACGCACACUCUGUCUCUUUAUCUGUCUUUCUCUCUGUAGUGUUGUUUCCAUCCAUCUGUUUGAAAUCUAAACAUAGAAACAUCAGAAAUAACGCCUCAGUAUCACUUCCUGUGAGGGGGAACCUGUGAUCGAAACACUGUCUGGAGUAAAACUGCAUACUACUGCACUAAACAGUAUCAUUUUCAUACCAUCCUGAAAUAUUUCUCUACACAAGUUUAUAGAAUAAACCGACCAUAAUAAUCCUACAGUAACUAUACUGCCUUUAAAACUGCACGUCACUGCCCCCUACUGGAGACGUAUCGCUUUCUUUAAAUCCCAGUUUUUGUCCUAAGUGUCUGCGGAAAUAAACUGAACAUCAUUUCACGUCUGAAAAGCUAAAAGUGUCUUAUCUUAAUAUUAAAAAUCAAAAUUCUUGCAACACAGACAGAAAAACCAACAUAGUGACAGUAAACAUAUAGUUUGUGGAUUUUUGUUAAAAAGCAAACAUUUGAAGUGAAAUCAUAUUCCAUAAAUUUAAAAGUGAAGUUUUUUUGUAUUUUCUUUUGACAAAAGUAAUCAGAACAUUAUUGCAGGGAAAUAUGGACGCCAAGCACAGUCUGACUAAACGCUAAAGCUAACAGUGUAGCUAGCUGUGAUGACGCCUUUACGCAUUUUAUAUAGUCAGUCACCGUGGAAAUGAAACCGAAUCAUCUGAAACGUCAACAUUUACCUCAGACGUGUUGUUAGAUUCCUCACAAAAAGCUUCCGUGUGACUAAAAUUACACGACUUGGCAUUAAACUCGGCGUUAAACAAGGACUCUGUACUGACAAACUAAAGUAUAGCUACAGGCAGUAGCUAGUUGUCAUGGUAACAGGGAAAGCCUUACUGUGGCUACAUUUAUAAGCUGACUAAAUACCCAGGUUAGUGAUGUAGCUCACCGUGAAGUAGCGGUUAAGUCGUUUACACAGACACAGUGACCGUGGAAACGAAAGAACGAUCUGGAACAUCAACAUUUACCUCAGUUGUGCUGUAAAGUUACUGAAAAAAAAAAUCUUCCAUUUGCCUAAAAUUACAGAAGUUACACUUAGCAUCGACGGCUAAAGAAGGCUCUGUACUGAGACGUGUAGCUAGAAGUGUUAGCGUGUUGUCAUGGUAACAGGGAAAGCCUUGUCAUCGGUAUUCAUACUAUUUUCAGUUACUAUUUAGUGCAGUUGUGCGUGGUUUCGGACCUGACGUUUCAAACAUGGCCCGUGUGUGUGUGUGGCGCUUUUUGAUGAUGUCAUCUUGUUGCGUCUCUAAAAAAAUAUUCAAUAUAACAGCAGCUGAUGGAAACUCACAUCACCCUGGAAUUGAAUUUAUGACAUUUGAAUGAAAUCAGUGCAUGCGUGCGCCAUUUGCUUCAGAACUUCACAUCAGACUCGGCGUCACCUCACACACCCAUGUUAAUGUUUCUGAUUUUUUUUUCAUUGUUUUGACACCAUUUUGCACUGAAACUGCACUUUAAGCAUCUCACAGCACCGCGACAUGGACGUGCUCAUGGACGUAAAUCACUGCCUCGCCUUUUUGUGUCCUCAGCCGUGUGCUCGUCUACGUUUCUUUCUAAAUGAACACAAGCGUUAAAUUAAAAUCCCACGUAUUUAACACGUGUGUAAGGAAUAAAAACAGAAGGGUGAUUCUGUUACGUUGAUUAAUUUCCUAUAACAGCACAUCACCGAGUGGUUUGUUCCUCUUGUACCACAGUAAUCUAACAAUUCUUAUUCACUGAAGAAUAACACAUCAUCAUACUUUUUAUCUGUUUAUGGUUACCUGUAAUGCUAUGGAAUGUCCUUGAAACAAGUCCGUUCCUGUUGUCACUUAAGUUAUAGCAGCAAUAAACAUCACAGUUUUUUUUUUUUAAAUUACACGUUUACGUGGCACGUCUGCCUGUUAUAGAAAAUUAACCAGCAGCUUCUGACCAAUCACGAUCCAGAACUCAACAGCGCUGUGGAGUAAAACGACUUCAUGCUUUUUAUUUACGGUUGAUAAGUUUGUAAGUUCAGUGUUUCUAAAUUCUGCUCCUUUCGUCAACCUGCACUACACACACCUGCUUCAAGGAGAAAGGGGUGGGAUAAUAAACAGGAAGUGGUCAUCAGUGAAAUCACAUGCAUCAUCUUUCAUACAUGAUGUUUAAAAGGAAACAAACGUGCUACACCUCUAGAGGGCGCUCUCACCAAUCACCUCCAAGCUUAUGUUUACUCAGCAUUGUGUAGAUUAAAACGGUCCAAAUUAUUUCUUAUAUAUUAAAUAAAUUAAUUCAAAUGUUCCUAAUGUGCCUCGUAGUACUGCUCAUUUAAAUACAGACACGCCCCAAAUUAACCAUAUAUAGGCAUUGCUCCAAAUUUUACCUUUUCUAACAUUUUCUUAAUGUUGUUUUUAAUCCAUUUACGAAACAUGAACAAAUACUGACCUGUCAUAAAAAUAAAAACCGCCCGGUCUCUGAAAACACGCCCACAGAUCUUAUAUCCUGAGUGUUUUAUGGGAUUUGAGCAUAAAGAUAAGCCUGUUUAUAUUUAACGCUGAUUAGUUUUGUAUGUAAUCCAGUGUAGUAGCAGUGUGUAUAAAGAGUACGGUACACAUUACACUCAUGACUUUGUUUUUCACACACAGCUAGUGUGAGAUCUGAACACACGUUCCUCUGGAUCUGCCACACUCUUCAGAUCGAGUUCAUACACACAGUUGUGAAAGGCUGUGGAACUUUCACAAAUUUAUUUUGUUCUCAGAAAUAUCUGACCAAUCAUGAGGCAGGAUUUCAGGGCGUGGCUGAGUGUAUUUUAAUGUAUUUUAUUUAAGUGUUAAUUUAACCAGGGAUAAAUUCUUAUUUAUAGAAAGUGUAGAGAAGAAAAAAACAGAGUAGAGAUAUGGGUCUGUCUCAGAAACUGGGUACUGUGGGGGUUCCCCACUAAAUAUACUCCCAGUCAAUAAACUAUACGGUUUUGAAUGGUGAUGUUGGUUUUAAUUUGAAAUAAAAUGAUGAAAGAAAUAAUACAGAUAAAACUAAAUCUUUGAUGUGAAUACUCUGUUCAGAAUUUGGCAAAAAUUCUGUAAAUUUGUGGAAAAAUGGCGGCUUGAUCUGGGACAUGAUAAACGGUCGACUACAUCGCAUUCCCUUAAAAAGGUUGUAGUCCGCUGAAAAGUCUACAGUUAUCACUAAUUGUAUUUUAAGUUGUAACUUUAUACACCUAAGGAUUGGUGCGCUCACAGAAUAAUCAUAACCGUAAUAAAACAUCACGCAAAAUUUGAUCACUGUUGUAACUCCAUUUUCCGCAAACCCAAAACCAAUACGAUCGUGCGUUUUGAUCUAAACGGAAAGCCUCAGGGUCGAGGUCGUGACCUCACCAAAAGUAGUAACUUAAAAUCACUACGCCGUAUAAAAAUUUAGUUAUAAAUCUGCGAUUUUGUUUUUUAAAACGAAAGCUGAAAGUUAGGUAUAGAAUAUGUUUCUUACAGAAUAUGUUACGAUGGUAGCUGGUCUUGUAUGAAUUUCUGAGCUAUAAAAUGAGUUGUGGAUUAUUUUUUACCGUAGCGUGUUAUUUGUGUGCGGGGAAGGACACACAUUAACAAUUUGUAUGUGUAGAAUGGAAUUUUCCACUCCAGCAGUUAGAAGUUGAUCGUGCUUCCAUUUGCGGUCUUUCUGUUACGCGGGUGAUCUGUUCGGACGUUAUCACUGAAAAGGUGAGUUUUGACAGUUUUAUUUUGGUUUAGUCUUGCAGUAUAAGGCAAUAGAAUGUUUCUUUUUCAUCUUACUUUCAUAUUUCGUAGUGUUUGCGUAUUUUUGGCCAAUAUUUUGCAACCAUGGUCAAUUUAGAUCGAACUUUUGAUAGACUCUACGGCCAGUCACUUUGCCCCGCCCCUGCCUCGCGCUCUGUCCGGUACGGUAGUGAUGUCCCGUUGCUCGCGCGCCGCAGCAAAGACCCGCGCGACCUUCAGCCGGAACAGUCGCUGUUCUUUUACCACCGCCGUUAUUCUCAUCUUUCCGGUGUGUUCUUGAUUUUUCCAUUGUGUCCUAUUUCGCCGUAUCAAAUACCCAAACUGUAUCAUAUUAUUCAUAUUUAAGUGAAAAAUCAAUUCAGUCAUAACUUGGCAUUUUUAACCCAAGCAAUCAAAAAGAGGAAAUUUAUUCAAUAUUUUCACUCCUCUGUGAAGGAGGGGCUUUAAUUCUUCAUGAUGGAGUUAUUUUAUAUGGAAAUCAAUUUUACAAAAGCGUUUGAAUUGUAAUAUAAAAAAUGUUCCACAGUGGAGGCCAGAUAAAGCAAGAUACUAUCUUUAUUCUUAUUAAACAUGACAAAAGAAACAUUGAGUGUUCGGUAAAUGCAAAAAAAACAGUAAAAUUAGAAAAUUUAUUUUUUGACCAUAAUGUCCCAGAUGAGAGAGCAGUUUCUGAGACGCACCCAUAUAAAUGUAUAAAUGAAGCAGGUUCACAGUAAAAUGUCUUUUAAUAGAGUUUCUGAAAAUACAGAAAUAAAUUCUGACGCGUUUAUGGAGAAAUCCAGCUUUGAUGUUGAAGUUCUCUGGAGCAGAGCUCAGACAUGAUGAAGACACCAGAUGAUGGUUCAGAUUUAGGAACUUUUUAUCGAACAUGGAGAGCAAGAACCUCAACGUUAGAUAUGAGAACGAGUGUGAAGGGUGUGUGUGUGUGUGUGUGUGUGUGUGUGAAGUGCAAAAGGAGCAGAAGUGACAGAACCACUGAACACUUUUACUGUAACUUCCAAACUCAUGUCAUUCUCAUUUCCCCUCACGUGAACAACAUGGUUUAAGUUUCACCACCUUCUCCUGCUCAUGAGAUACCAGCAAGCUUUUAAGGCAACAGUGUGUGGAACUCUGAACAGGAACUCUAGGACUGAAACUCUAAUCAGGAACUCUAAUCAGGAACUGUUUAGUACCUCUAAUCAGGAACUCUGAACUGAAACUCUAAACAGGAACUGUUUAGGAUCUCUAACUCUAGAACUGAAACUCUAAUGAGGAACUGUUUGGGAACUCUAACCAGGAACUCUAGAACUGGGUUCAGUGUUGCGUGCUGAACAGGAUCUACCUCCCUGGGUUCUGGAGCGGGUGAACUGACUCGAGUCUGAUCUCUCAGUGAUUAGACCUCGAUCACAUUUUAAAGUUUAUUAUUAUAUCAGAAUAUUAUAAUUAUCGGUACAAAUCUCACAAUCUGACUGUUUUCUCUGCUCAUGGGCAGUGUUUAUGACGUUAAAAGGAACAGUCACAUGACCAAAAUGUAACUUCUGAUUGGUUUGUAGCCCAAUGCAAAGUAAACUCUUCAGAACCCUUAAAGGUUUUAUGUAGCAAACUGUUUGUUUUCCAUCAGCAGAAGCGUUUACAUGUUAGCGAGAGCUCCGUGUAGAAUCCUGUGAGAGAACACUUCAGGGUUCUUAGUUCCUGUUAAAGGGUUCUAUUUAGGCGCUUUUGGACCAAACAGUUCCAGAGUUUCAUUGAGAGGAACCACCUCCUGGGGAUCUCCCGUGAGAACUACACACCUUCAGGGGCUUUCUUCUGUUUGCAUUCACACGGCCAGCAGGAACGCUGAAGUGAUGUAAACCGGCGGCGGUUGCUAUAGCAACGUCACUAGUUUGUCUCCGUAUGAAUGUGUGUCUUUUCCUCCAGUGUUCUUGUGUCGCUGUGAAAGCCCCACAGACAAGAACGUUUAUUUAAUUAAGAUUGUUUGUGUAGAGACGUCAAAAUCAUGCUGCAUUUCCUCUGCCGCGUAUACAGAGCCCUCCACAAUUAUUGGCACCCCUUGGAAAGAUCAGUAAAAAUGGUUAGAAAAAAUCCACCUUUUGGUGAAGUCGCUUCAUCUCACACUGAAGAAAUGAGAAAAAUCCAACCUUUAAUUGAAAUAAAUUUAUUCAGAGGAAAACAAAUCUCUCUUCAAGAAAUACUUAUUUUCAACAAAAAAAACCACAUGCACCACUAUUAUUGGCCCCCCUGGAAAUGAUCGUGAACAUGAUGUAGCUGUACCUUGGGAAAAGUCUUAACUGCUUUUUUUAUUGGGUUCUACACAGGACCAGAGGCAAACGCAGAACCGUUAAGGGUUCUAGGUUUUUUUAAGACCAUUAGAGCACCAUUUAGAUAGAAAAGAGAUUUUAUUGCGUUUAAACUGAUCAUGAAGAAUUACAUUUUUGUAAGGAGAAUUAUUUUUAAAUUGUUUAAAGUGUUGCCUGAUAAAGUGAGUGGUGUAUCACGAGCAUGAAAGUCACUGCCUCGUGAAAAGAACACGAUAAUUAUUUACUCAAACUCACACAGUGUCUGUGCACGAGAACCCACAUUAAACUCUGUUCCUGCGCGUCCACAGUCUCAACGUUCCGGAUGCUAGAACCCACUUUAUUAUUCUGUUUAAUGAGUGACUGAUGUUAAGGGUCUGAUGAUAAACACACACACACACACACACACGUUCUAGCAGUGUAAGCAUCAGCGUUGUGUGUGAUUACAGUUCAUUUUUUUGUCAUUAUCACGUCCUUCCGAGCGCACGUCAUUAAACUGAGCUGUUUGUUUUAACAGUUGCUGAGCGAAUGUGGACGGUGUCUAUGGUUAGUAAGUGGACUUUCGGAUAUUUUAUCACUUCUUUUUCUCAUUUCUUUCUCCCUCACGUCAUCAUUCAGAUUAAAUCCUAAUCCUUUUCCCUGCUGUAAAUGUUCACUUCAGUAUUUUGAAGCUCGUCUCGAAAUGACAGUGAAAUGUUUAAAAUGUUGUAAAUGUUGGAAUCUGUAAGAAUGAUUUGUUGAUAUUCCUGUGUGUAUAUUAUAACUCCUGGACCAAAGUACUGAUUAUAACUUUGUUUGUUUUGGGAUAUUAUAAAUCAUGUAA